GUCGGAAGGAUAUUUCUGUGCUCAGGAGGUCAGGAAUGCGGUCAUAGCUGUCAAAACCUAAGAUCAGUAAAACACUGCAGCGUAGUGCUCGUUCGUAGCGAUAUCGUAGUGAUCAGCAAGAAGGCGCAAAUUGCAGUAAGGGUCAACUUAUCAAAUAGAGAGGUUAAAGUAAUUUAUAAGGAUCCCAGUGAGAUUGAUCCCAAGCAGAUGCUGUGAAAGAAUGGAAUGAAUCGUGAUAAUCUGAUGUGACACUUUUGUGUGUGACACUGUGUAUUGCAAGAUGGUCAACAAUCAGAACAUCAGAGAUCAUGGGCAUGAAGAGAGUUGGACAUCUGAUCAGUGUAGGAUGGAGAUGUUAGAACAACUACAGAGACAUAUUCCUGUAAACCACUGGGAAAAAUCUGUUUUUCCCCAGCUAUCCAGUUUGGUGAAGAAAGUUGCAGAAGACUUGAAACACCGAUCCAAUGUACAGCAUGUGGAAAACUACCGUGAAUUGUCAAACCCAGACAAGGCUUACCGGAGGAAGUUGAGGGAAAUUGCAGUAUUCAACCUGCGUUGUUUGAAAGCUUUUUUUUCCUGUGGCUCAGAAGUCCUGAUUUCUGCAACAUAUAUGUUGGAUUGUUUUCUGUCAAAAGUGCGAGUCCAGACAAAGUACAUGUCGUGUUUGACUGCUGCAUGCUUUGGAAUUGCUUCUGAUGUCCAUGCCUCCGGUUCCACAUCACCAUCUCCAGAAGAAUUUUCCCGAUUACACCGUAGGGCGUGGUCUCCAUCUGAUUUCAUCCGCAUGGAAAAUAAAGUGAUGGAAAAGCUGAAUUGCAACCUGAGCCCACCAGUGACAUCUCUCACCUUUUUACAGAGCUACUAUGAAAUGAUUUGCUUGGUGGAUCGACAGGUCUUCACUCAGGGCCUGUGGCAGUCCUUGACAUCUAAGCUGGAGGCCUGUCUCUCGAGCAGCCAGUUUAACUUAUUCCGACCCUGUACCCUGGCUUUGUCUGUGCUAGACGUUGUUCUUCAGGAUUUCUGUGAUACCAUUAAUGCAGCAGAGGUUGUCAGAGUAGUGUUCAUCUUGCAGGCAUUUUGCCAGAUAUCUGAUGCUGAGCUGUAUGAAUGUAAUGAAGCUGUUGUGAGCAUGCAGAAUAAGUACCAAAGUCAGAAGCUGUACGUGAGGAGCAGUCUGAGGAAACGAAUCCGUCCCUUAAUCCCUCGUCCCUGUCUUCCUGCUAUCCCAGAAGAGGUGACCAUACAGUCCUAUGCAGCAGCCGUACGUUUAGGCCUGAGCUAAUUGGAUGAUGGUAAAUAACCAGCACAGCCAAAAAUACUGGUAUAGCUACUCACUGUUGUCCUCUUUAACAAAACGAAGUGCAGACCAUGUCUUUACAAUGGCCAUAUGCUGUCAGUGUGUUGUGGAUUACAUGUUAUAUUUAUGGAGAUCUCCAGAACUUAUUUAUUUUUGUACUAAAAUCUACAAAUGUUAAAACUAAAAGCAUUAAAGCAUGUAAUAAUGUGUAGCAUUGUUGUUGUUUUCAAGUAAUUAAUAUUAAAACAAAUGUCAUGUCAUGAUUUUUGAAAUAAUGUAUUGUAUUCAAAGGAUCUUUACCAUUAUUGUCCAUGUAGCAGUGUGUAAAGUAUGAUGUCCAAAUCCAAACGCACAAUUAAUGGGGCAUAUAUAUUAUAUUCCACAAAAGUCUAUCUCACUGAAGUGUAUUCCUAGUCUUAACUAGCAUCCGUGUCAGAGUACAUGUAACUAGAAUCAUACAUCACUGUUAUUUAUAGAUCCAUCUCGAGCACUCAUGAAACCAGGUACAUGUACGUUGAAAUUUUUGUACUGUAUUUGUAAUUUUAUUUGGCUGACUGUUUUUACCUGUAGUAGGACCAACUAACUUUAGUAUGUAUAGUAGGGUAGAUUUGUUGAAUUCUGUAUCAGCAUUGUGCAAUAUUCAUUUCGUAUUGAAAACUUUGUUUAUUUGUUGGUGAUAAUCACAGCAGACAUUUUAUUUUUUGCAUCCCUUCGUUUCCCUGUCAUUGUGGCUGUGUACAUUGUAUAGUUAUGUUCAAACUUUAUCAGUGGAUACAAUAUAUGUACAUAAUUCUGUAAGUUUUGCAAUAUGUACUUCUUUCUUGAAAGAUAUAUUUAAUGUUCUUUGUGCUCCAGCUUUAAUCUGACAAACACACUAUGUAAUUUAGAAUGUUGAAUAAUAGAUGAAACAGAUUUAUGUACUACUGAUUGUUAUUGUGUACAUUAUAUUCCACUGAAUAAUACAGGCCCCAUCCCUGACUAUUUUUUCUAAGGAAUAAAAAUUUUUUAAUGCCGAAAAUGUGUCACAAGAGUUCUGAAUAUUGUCUACACCUACACUAAGUCAAUGUGAUGAAGGAACCUGUGUACUAUUGUCAUGUUUUUCAGUGGCCAUAAUCUGGAUUUUUGGAGUCAUUUAAAUUGUCCAUUGUCAUGCCUCACUAACUUCAUUGCAAUAAAGAGUUCUGCUGGUCAUUCAACCGAAUACAAAUAUCCACUGUGACCGUUUGACAUACAGCUAGUAGUACUAUAGCUGUGGAGCAUUUCAAAGUGUGUCAUCAAGAUAUGGCUGAAUUUUUGCCAAAGUGAAGUUUAGACAUAUUCAUUCAUUCAAAGUGUGCCAUUGUGAGGAUAUUGCUCUGGAUCUUCCAGAGCAAAUGUUCAUCCAAAGAUUUAACCGGUUAAAAUCAGCUGUCCAUAUGCCUAUGUUUAUCUGGAGUAACAUAAUGAGCACUGUACCUCUUCUAGACAUUUAAUCUGGAGAAAACCUUGGACUAAAGAUCCAAAGUGUCACAAAUUUUCCUACAUGUAGAUUCCCUGCUGCUGUGGAAUACUAACAUUGUACAAUGUACUUAUUUAUGUUGCAUGCACUGACAGGAUCAACUGGGGAACUAGAUGAAGAACGUUACAAAGUGUGCCACAGGAUCUUCAAAAUCUUCAACCUUUCCAAGCACAAAAUGAUGUUUAAUCAUUGGGUUUUAUGCUUACAAUUAUUAUGACACUGCAUAACUAAAGAUGCAGUGUCAUAAAACUGUGUAAUUUAUUCUCUACA